GAAAUCCCCCCCCUCCAAGCCGCCGGCACCAGCUUUGGAAAAUUGGUGAGAAAGCUUGGAAUUUCUCCUUCUUUCUUGUCCAAGAACCUGAUUUGGAACCCAUAAAUCUUCCCCCCUGCUGGAAAAUCCGGAUCUGCCCUACUUUGCUCUGUCCUUCCGCCGGCUACUCCUGCUUUGUGGGGGUGAUUUGCUCCGGUUUUGGGUAAGAAACAGCUACCAAUCCCUCUGUUCUUGCUUGAAUUAACUUGGGUCUACCUUAAUUGCUCUUAUUUGCUUUAAUUUUGGGUAGUUCCCGUGAGCUUCCCCUGCACUUGCCGCCGGCUUCUCCCCCUGCCAAGUCCGGUUCUGCAACUGGAAAAUUUAUGGUACUGUUCAUAGGUACUGUUCACACACCGAGGGCCAACAUUUAACGAGAAUUUAAAUGAUUAGUUUGUGAUAUAAGAACGAAUUUGGAGAUAUUUGAUCAUGUGGAGAUUGAUAGGAAUAGCAUCGGGAUUAAGAGUGAUCUUGAUGAUUUCAGCUUGAAUUUGUGAUAGUCCGGUAUUAAUUCUGAGGUGUUUUGAUUAGGUUCUCGAUCGUUCUGUCAGUUAGUGUGUGAAUUGAGUGCUCGGUUUUAUGCGAGUGAGGUAAGUAAAUUUAUGGUAAUGCCCAUACUGUUUUUAAAAGCAUGUUUUGAUUUGUUUUUUAAGUGGUGGCGGGACUAAACCCGUUUUACACGAGCAUGACUGAUUUGAAGUGAAAUGUUUAUGUUUCAUUAAAUUGAGCAUGCCUACUUGAAAGUGAAUGUGAACUGUCCUGAUGAUCUGAAAGUGAUUGUGAAUUGUGAUUUUCCUGUUAACUUCUGCCUGUUUUGUCUCCGAUGUGGUCAUGUUAUUCGUGACCCUGCUAGUGGGGGAGGUUAUAAACGCUAGCACAUGUCGACAUGUAGUGAUAGAGCCGGUUCGUUCAAUCCAGCUAGUGGGGGAGGUUAUAAACGCUAGCACAUGUCGACAUGUAGUGAUAGAGCCGGUUCGUUCAACCCAGCUAGUGGGGGUUAUACACCAGCAAAUCGUGGCCCUGCUAGUGGGGAUUAUACACUGGCCGUGACCUAUAGAGGAGACGUUUAUUUCGUUCCCGUACUGUAUCCGUUUUGCGUGAUUGCACAUGUGGCAUGCUAUAAGUUUAAUAAUGGGCACUCCAUAUUUACUUACUGAGUUUAUCUCAUAGUUUUCCUUGUCCACCAUUUUAGGAAGUGAAACCGAGGACGGGGAAACCACAGGAAGUGACGAGUUAGAAGGCUAGCCAUAUUGUAAUUGGAUAUAAAUUUUAGAUAUGAAUCAUGAUCUUGUAUUUGGAGAUUUUAUAAUUUGAUCUUCAGAUUUUGAUGGUAUCAGAGUGUGAAUGUGAUAAGUUCCAAGCCUGGUGCAUUUGUGGGACCCAUCUCACGAGUGC